AGGAAGGAAGGAAGAAGAGGAAGAAAGAAAGAAGAAGAAAAAGAGCUGUUUUCUCUCUCUUUCUCUAUCUAUCUAUCUUCUUCCUAUCUUUUUAACCAAAACAAAGCAACCAAAAUGACUCUGUUCUUAGCUGAAGCCAUUGGAGGACUCUUCUUGGUGCUAUUCCUCUGCACCUUCUUGUUGAAAUGGAAUGAGGUCAAGUAUAGGAAGAAGGGUCUUCCUCCGGGUACAAUGGGUUGGCCAGUAUUUGGUGAAACAACUGAGUUUCUCAAACAAGGUCCAAACUUUAUGAAAAACCAAAGAGCAAGGUAUGGUAACUUUUUCAAAUCGCACAUAUUGGGUUGUCCAACUAUAGUAUCAAUGGAUCCAGAGAUGAACAGAUACAUAUUGAUGAAUGAAGGAAAAGGGCUUGUUCCAGGUUAUCCACAAUCUAUGUUAGAUAUACUUGGAAGAUGUAAUAUCGCAGCUGUUCAUGGUUCAACCCACAAAUAUAUGAGAGGUGCUCUUUUAUCACUUGUCAGUCCUACGAAUCUCAAAAAUCACCUUCUUCCCAAAAUCGAUCAGUUCAUCAGAUCCCAUAUCAAUAACUGGGACAACACUGUAAUCGACAUUCAACAAAAGACUAAAGAGAUGGCGGUUCUAUCAGGUCUGAAUCAAAUCGCCGGUCCUCAAUGUGAUUCCAUUUCAGAACAAUUCAUGCCAGAGUUCUUUAAGCUGGUUUUGGGUACCCUUUCUCUCCCAAUCAAUUUCCCGGGGACAAAUUAUCACCGAGGUUUCCAGGCUAGGAAGAACAUCACAAGCAUAUUGGGAAGGCUGGUCGACGAGAGAAGGGCUGCUUCAUCUUCAUCUUCAUCUUCUUCUUCUUCUGCUUCUUGUUCGAGUGUGGAAACAAACGAAUACGACAUGCUGAGUGUUCUAAUGGGUGGGGGUGGAGAGAACAGAUACAAGUUAACAGACGAGGAAAUUGUUGAUCAAAUGAUAACAAUUCUGUAUUCAGGAUACGAAACAGUUUCCACCACUUGUAUGAUGGCUGUUAAGUUCCUCCAUGAUAAUCCUUCAGUUCUUCAAGAACUAAAAAAAGAACAUCUUGCUAUAAGAGAAAAGAAGAAACCAGAGGAUCCAAUCAGCUGGGAUGAUUACAAAUCGAUGCAAUUUACUCGAGCUGUGAUAUUUGAGACAUCAAGAUUGGCCACAAUUGUAAACGGGGUUUUGAGGAAAACAACGGAUGACAUGGAACUAAACGGUUUUGUGAUCCCCAAAGGGUGGAGAAUCUAUGUGUACACCAGAGAAAUUAACUAUGACCCUUCUUUGUAUCCUGAUCCUUUAACCUUCAAUCCAUGGAGAUGGAUGGAGAAAACGACGAGACUAGAGAGUCAGAACCAUUUCUUUUUAUUUGGAGGUGGCAGCCGGCUUUGCCCAGGAAAAGAACUAGGAUUAGUUGAGAUUUCAACAUUUCUUCAUUACUUGGUAACAAUGUACAGAUGGGAAGAGGUUGGUGGGGACAAGCUAAUGAAGUUUCCAAGAGUUGAAGCCCCAAAUGGCCUGCACAUUAGGCUUUCAUCAUCAUCAUCUCAUUAAUAAUAUUAAUUAAUUAAUAAUAAUAAUAAUAAUCUAACCUUGUUUUUCAUAAUUAAUUCCUUGUUCUAAUGGUACUUUUUAUGUACAUAAUAAAUAUAGCAGCAGAAUGAUGUUGGUGUA